AGCUAACAACAGUCGCCUCCGCUUUGACAGAUAAUCUCAACUCAUCCUAAAAUCACACACAGUUUCAGGAUACCGUCAUGAUACUUAGCAGAAUGCCUUUCGGAAGAUAUACAGUUCUCUAAUGUGAAUCGGAGUGUAUGUCAACCAACGAGAGCCUCAGAUUACCCAGCUGCUGGUUUGCUAAAUUAUCCUAGCUAGCUCAUAAGCUAAAUCGCUAGCUAUCUAGCUAUUAACCAGCUUUCUGUCGUUGGCUAAACGUUAGCUGCGUUUACCAAACAGGUUGUAUGUAAGUGACAGCUUGGCUGCCUGUUAUUCCGGACAACUAAACUGAAAACAGAAAGGGGAUGGUGCAGCCCCAACCCGAUGGCCCAAUGCAGUGGGAUAUGUCAGGAGAGGAGAGUGGAGGGGCCCUCAGGGUCCCACCAGAGCUGGCUGCCAAUGAAGUGGUGACUCGGUUGCUGUGUGAUAACCAGCAGCUCAGAGAGGCUUUGCGGCGGAGCAACCUCGCGCUACGUCAGCGCUGUGAGGAGAUGGAGGGAUGGCAACGAAGGACAAGAGAGGAAAGAGAAUUUCUCAGUUGUCGUUUCCAUGAGGCCAGGGCCCUGGUGGAGAGGCUGGCCCAGGAGAACCAGUCCUUACAGAGUCUGGUGAAUGGACCAGCUUCCUCCUCUAGCCACUGCUGCAGCUCCAGCCAAACUGAAGACCUGCAGGGACGCCCAGCGAGGAACGGUCCGCUCGAAGGACCACAGACUCUGGAUCAGAGGGAGAGGAAGAGAGUUGAGGAGAUGGAUCAACACACACAGACAACACCACCUCGCAGCCUGGGAGAUGCGAGUGUGCAUAGCUCCUUGAGUAGCAUCUUCCCCUCUCCCCCUCCCUCAUUUUCAGAGGCACAGGGGGAGGUAAUGGGCAGGGAAAAUGGCCAGCCUGUGGAAAGUCCAAACGGGUUCCUGCAGUUCCUGAAGACCCAUAAAGAAGAAUUUGAGGAAAUGAUGAGAGAGCUGAGGAGGAAGAACGAAGAGCUGGAGAGGGAAAGAGACGAAGGCGAGAAAGAGAGAGAGCAGAUGCGUCGCUGCAUUGACCAGCUACGAGCCAAACUGGCCCAGGCACAGACGAGCAAUGUCGCUGAGGAGGCUGUUCAACAUCGCUCUGAGGCACAGCACACCUCUGACUGGUAUCGAGAGCUGGAGGAGAAGCUCGAUUACCUGCAGAAGAGUUCAGCUCAGCGUGACAGAACUGAAGCUCUGCUCAAACAGAAGGACAAGGACUGUGCUCAGCUGGCCAAGGACUGUGAGGCUCUGAAAGCUCAAGCAACUUCUCUGUUAGGAGAACUGAAUGAGAGACAGAGCUGCCUGGAGAAAAGCGAGCAUGAACGUAAAAACCUGGAAGAAAAGCUUGGCAAUAAGCUGAAGGCCCUGCAGGUGGCAGAGCGGGAGCUGGAGCAGCAGAAGAAGCAGCAUCAUGUGGCCAUGGACAAGCUGCUGCUACAGAAACAGAGCCUGGAGCAGGCCCUGAAGACCGAGAGACACGUCGUCACAGAGGAGAAAAAAAAACUGACUCAGCUGCAGCAUGCCUACACCUGCCUCUUUAGAGACUACGAUUCCAAACUGAAGAGUGAGGGAGGAGAUCUGUGCAGCCGACUCGAGGAGGCAGAGCGAGCUCUGGCCCUGAAGCAGGAUUUGAUCGAUAAACUGAAGGAAGAGGUGGAGCAACAGAAAGGCUCACUGGAGACUGUUCCUGUCCUCACUGCACAGGCUGAGAUCUACAAGGGAGAUUUCCUAGCAGAGCGAGAGGCAAGAGAGAAGCUGAACCAGAAGAAGGAGGAGCUGCAGGAGCAGCUGACUCAGGCCCUGUCUGAGAUUGAGAGGCUCAAAAAGGAAGCUGCGUCACGCGCAAGUAUGGAAAAAAUGAAGAUGAGGCACAUGGACGACUUUCCACCACGUGCCGCACUCAUUCCUCCUCAGCCAGGUGUGUUCCCUGGUGCGGCUUUUAACACGGUGCCCCCUGCCCCCUCAUUCCGUAAUCAGGGUUUGGUACCAAUCGGUGAUCAAGGGGCAGCUGGAUCUGAGGAGGUGCCAGAUUUAUGUUGUCCUAAGUGCAAGUACCAGGCUCCAGAUAUGGACACACUGCAGAUACACGUCAUGGACUGUAUACAGUAACAAGAGCAUAAUUCAUCACACACACACACACACGCAGGUUUAUGCAUACAGUUUAUUUACAUUUUUGACAGUCAGUGUAUUUGCUGCCAGCUCUGAGCAGAGCUGUGAAAAACAUGUUUGGUAUUUGCACCUUACUCUCUCUGCCAUGCAAACACACACAGACAUGAAUACAUACUCUAGAUCUUACUUAUUUUAAAUGUUGAAUAUAUUGGAAUCAGUCACCAAUCCGAUGACCGUAUGAACAAGUGAAAAAAAAAAAAAAAAGAAUGACAGCAAGAUAAUCAGCAUGGUAUUUUCCUCAGUCUGCUCCUCAGAUUCUGUUUCUGCUGUAGCUUUUCCAUUCCACCAUCCAUCCUUUUCUCCUCAUCCUUUUUGUCUCCCAGCACCUGUUCUUUGAACCACUCACCCCCACCUACCUGUGCCUUACCCCUGGCACACUGAUGCACAUGUCCAUCAGUUUUGUACAUGAUCCCCGGUUUUUGCCUCAUUUCUAGUCUUUUUUUUUCACUCCAGUGGCAUAAUGGCAACUGAGGAGGUUAAUGACACACCGGGGAUACUCUGAGUGCAUCAUCCAUGUUGUACACAUCAAGUAAUUACUGGUCCUAAAGUGAUGAUGACAUAAAAAGUCACAGUUCACAGGGGUACAUAUCCCCACAGAGGAGAAAACACAUGACAAUGUGAAUAACCUAGUGAGCUUUAAGUAACAAGGAAUAUUUAAAUAUGUUUUGGAAAUAAAUGUUGCUUGUCUACAUUACCUCAAAACAUGUAUUAUUAUGUAUUAGAGAUGGAUUUACUCUUAUUGAAAAAAGUAGCCAUUCUCUGUGUUCUGUGCCUGUGUACACCUCCGAUCUCUGACCUGACCUAACCCGACACAGCCCUCUGUGCCCCUUCAUUCUGUCUUAUCUCUACCUGUGGCACCCAAAUAUUUAUCUCUCUGAAUGUAAGCACAUUAAAGCUCCCUCACAGUUUGCGUGAAUUUUGUCUGUAAUAAUAGAUCAUUCGGUGCAAGGAGUAUUGUUUUGAACCUGUUGAAGAUUUACAAAAUAAAACAGACAUUCAUUAACCUUC